GGACGCUCAGUGCGCAUGCGCAAAGGAGGCGGCCGCGGCCGGGCCAAGACGGUUUGUGGCAGAGACACCGGGAGCAGCGAGUGCGAGCAAGGGACCCCAGGAACUGCCGCUCUACAAUAACAACGGAUACAGGGCAGUGUUUCUGGGCCCCCACAGGAAGUGCAGCCCCCCGGAGCCUUAGGGACUCCCAGCACUGCCCCAACUACAAAGGGGCCCUAAACUACAGCCUGUGAGAGCAGACAGGGGCCCUAAACCACAGCCUGUGAGAGCAGACAGGGGCCCUAAACCACAGCCUGUGAGAGCAGACAGGGGCCCUAAGCCACAGCCUGUGAGAGCAGACAGGGGCCCUAAACCACAGCCUGUGAGAGCAGACAGGGGCCCUAAACCACAGCCUGUGAGAGCAGACAGGGGCCCUAAACCACAGCCUGUGAGAGCAGACAGGGGCCCUAAACCACAGCCUGUGAGAGCAGACAGGGGCCCUAAACCACAGCCUGUGAGAGCAGAGAGGGGCCCUAAAUCACAGCCUGUGAGAGCAGAGAGGGGCCCUAAGACACAGCCUACAGAGCCCCAGGACUCCCAGAACCCAAGGAACAGAGAGGGGACACAGAGUACCCCAACUUAGCGCUACAAAGUGGGGCCUUAAAGAGAGACUGCAGAACACCCCGAGUGUCAGGGAGAUAAGUGGCCCCAGAGGUCCCCAAUGUGAAGCAAGAAAGAGCCGCUCAAAAAUCGCACUGUAAAGUAUCAUUGAGAAUCUUGGAGCCACCCCACAGUAACCGGCUGAAAGGAGGGAUCCCAGAGCACCCACAAUAACCGGCUGAAAGGAGGGAUCCCAGAGCACCCACAAUAACCGGCUGAAAGGAGGGAUCCCAGAGCACCCACAAUAACCGUCUGAAAGGAGGGAUCCCAGAGCACCCACAAUAACCGGCUGAAAGGAGGGAUCCCAGAGCACCCACAAUAACCGGCUGAAAGGAGGGAUCCCAGAGCACCCACAAUAACCGGCUGAAAAGAGGGAUCCCAGAGCACCCACAAUAACCGGCUGAAAGGAGGGAUCCCAGAGCACCCACAAUAACCGGCUGAAAGGAGGGAUCCCAGAGCACCCACAAUAACCGGCUGAAAGGAGGGAUCCCAGAGCACCCACAAUAACCGGCUGAAAGGAGGGAUCCCAGAGCACCCACAAUAACCGGCUGAAAGGAGGGAUCCCAGAGCACCCACAAUAACCGGCUGAAAGGAGGGAUCCCAGAGCACACACGGUAACCGGUGAAAAGGAGAAAUCCCAGAGCACCCACAAGAACCGGCUGAAAGAAGAGUCCAAGAGCACCUACACUAUUUAGAUGAGAAGAGGGGUUUCAGAGAGCCUACACCACUCAACAGAGACGAGGUGUCUCAGAGCACACUAACUCUAAGCAAGGAGUAGUCCUAAAGCAUCACAGUGUCCUAAGUAUUUGCAAGAAAGACUGACUAAACAGCACUCCAAGUCAGCAGUAACUGGUCCAGUGCACCCCAAGGUAAAGCAUCAGAGAAGGGUCUCAGAGUACUUGCAUUAGAAGAUUAAACAUUCCUUUAUUUACAAAGUUUUAAUUCCUGGAACACGUCCUGAAUACAGUAUACACCUGCAGACCCCAAUCCUGAUCUCAUGUUUACAGCGGAGUAGAUUGUAAUUGAAGUACAGGACUUGGCCACUUGUUCAAAAAUUAAUAAUCUAGAAGGCUCCAAGUCAAGAACAGUGACACUCACCCUUUGUAUACUCAUAAAAGCAAGUCUGAGUAUGUUGGGAUCGCACACUGCAUUCCUGGAGUAAGUGACCUGGGGCAGUCCAUCAACCUUGGAGCUAGCAUGGCAUCUGCGAUUUCUGAAACAAUGAGUGGCACUAGCCCAGGAUCUGGCACCGUGGCAAAGAAUGCUUCGUCUGAGAUGCCCAGCUCUUCGAAUCAGUUUGGUGUGCAGACUAUGAAGAAGAUUGGUCACAGAGGGGUGGACUCAACGGGAGAGACCACUUAUAAAAAGACCACGUCUUCUGCCUUGAAAGGUGCCAUCCAGCUUGGCAUUACACACACCGUGGGCAGCCUCAGCACCAAGCCGGAGAGAGAUGUCCUCAUGCAGGAUUUCUACGUGGUUGAAAGUAUCUUUUUCCCCGGUGAGGGGAGCAAUUUGACUCCUGCCCAUCAUUAUAACGAUUUCCGCUUUAAGACAUAUGCUCCUGUUGCGUUCCGCUACUUCAGGGAGCUUUUUGGCAUUCGACCAGAUGACUAUUUGUAUUCUCUCUGUAAUGAGCCCCUCAUUGAGCUGUCUAACUCGGGGGCCAGUGGGUCCCUAUUCUAUGUGUCUGGGGAUGAUGAAUUUAUCAUUAAAACAGUUCAGCACAAGGAGGCCGAGUUCCUUCAGAAACUGCUGCCUGGAUAUUAUAUGAACCUGAACCAGAACCCUCGGACCUUGCUCCCCAAGUUUUAUGGACUAUACUGUGUGCAGGCGGGCGGAAAGAAUAUCCGUAUAGUUGUGAUGAAUAAUUUGCUUCCCCGUUCCGUCAAAAUGCACCUGAAAUAUGACUUGAAGGGCUCAACGUACAAAAGGCGAGCGUCCCCAAAAGAGCGAGAGAAAAGUUUCCCCACCUACAAGGACUUGGACUUCAUACAGGAUAUGCCAGAUGGACUUUUCUUGGAUCCUGACAUGUACAGUGCUCUUUCAAAGACCAUCCAAAGAGACUGCCUGGUUCUUCAAAGCUUCAAGAUUAUGGAUUACAGCUUGCUUGUGGGUGUCCACAACAUCGACCACGCUCAGAAGGAGAGUGCAAUAGUGGAUGGACAAAACAAUUCUGAUACAAAGCGGCCAGCAGCACAGAAAGCCCUUUACUCCACUGCCAUGGAGUCCAUUCAAGGGGAGGCACGGCAUGGCGGUUCCAUUGAGACUGACGAUCAGAUGGGUGGUAUUCCGUCUCGUAACGCCAGAGGGGAACGUCUCUCACUGUAUAUUGGAGUUAUUGAUGUGUUACAGUCUUACAGAUUUAUUAAGAAACUGGAGCACUCGUGGAAAGCGCUGGUGCACGAUGGGGACACGGUGUCUGUUCACAGGCCGGGGUUCUAUGCUGAACGUUUCCAGAGAUUCAUGUGUAACACGGUUUUCAAGAAGAUUCCAUUAAAAGCAUCACCUUCUAAGAAAAGCCGGACAAUGCCUGGUUUGACACGCAGAGCCACCCAGAGUGCAGUGCCUACUCAUUUACAGCUGACUGGAGAGUCCAAGCAGUACCUUGCAGUUGAAGGAGAUUCGGAACAAGGUGCACACUUAGGAAGGCCAGACCUCCUUCCCCGAACUCCACCUGUAGAUGAAGCUGCCAGUGACUCACUAGCGACCACUUUAUCCACAUCCUCGUUGGGCAGCGGAGGGUUAAAUUCCCCUGCACACAGGUCUGUGGGAGUGGAGGUGCACAAAUCAGAGGUGCCAGACUACGACUUACAAACUCGACGCAGCAGUAGCAUCUCUGACACUGCCCGCAGACCCGGGGCACCGGAUGAAAUGCAGAUGCAAGGAGGUGGAGGUCAAGAAGAUGAGGAUGAUGCUCUGGAUGUUAACCAAAUUGAGACCGAAAUCUGCUUUUGAGAUGGAAUAAGUGGAUUGCUGACAAUUGCACGCUGCAUUCGUGAAGUUCUGCUGACAGAGUCCGGAAGAGGACACUACUUCUGCUGCUCAGUUUUCGGAAAGGAACCUGUGCUGUCAGUAACUGAACUUGCUUUGCCUCCUCUGCCCUGUCCAAGGGCUUCUGUUACAAGCGGUUAAAAUGGCUGCUUUCUGGAAAGGUCACUCGCGGAGGGGGAAGGACUCCUCCAUUUUGCCUUACUCUACUACCCCCUUUGUGGAAAGAGUUUCACGUCUUUUCGUAUUUAAUAUAUAUAUAUUUUUGAAGUAGACCAAUCGUUACACGUAGAACUUGUGGUUUUCUUUUCUUUUUUUUUUUUUAAGAUGCUUUUGAAAAAAAACACGGACCAAAAACAACUUUAAAAAGCAGUUGCUGCCUAUUUUGUGGCUCCUUCCCUUGCGAGGAGCUGUGACCUCAUCCAUCACUUGCCCUGUUGUGUUUAAAAGGGCCGGAGCAGGGUCAGGUGACCUUAUUGCAGUGUUGAAAACGGGUGGCAGUGUGAGGAUGUUACCCUUGGGGCGAAUUGAACAAUCGAACUUGCCCAUUAACACCUUUUAACCAAACAUACUGUGCCAACAUACAAGCUCCAUCCUGUCUGUUGCCUUCUGCAUGUGCAUUGAUGCCAAAGUCCUUACACCAUACGUGUGUGUAUAUAGGAGUGACCCAUGCUCUCAUAUUUUGUUUUGACUUUUUUUUUUUUUUCUGGAAAAUACUGUCUGCUUCCAGCAGCUCCAAAAUAAAGCACAGGGGGCAGCAAAGAGCGACAUGAAUGUAAAAUAGACUUUCUGUCUGCAAUAAAUGAACUCUGAAUUGUUUCCUCUA